AGGUAGCCCUAUUCGUAUCGAAUCCAUCGAACUUAUCGAACCCUGACUAUGUCGCCAAACCCAACGAAUCGUAGUAACACAGAAAGGUUGAGGAAGAGGUAUAAAGUACGCAUGUGCAUCUACUAUCUAGCUGGUGGCUGUACCGAGGGCGAGAACUGCACCUUCGCACAUUCCCCGGAGGAGCUGGCCAAUCCGAAAACCGUCAUGUGCCCUAGCGGAGCGAAGUGCACUGAUAGUACUUGUCCCUUUGCCCAUGAUAAGAGCGAGUUGGUCGUGGGUCACCAGAGGGUCAUACAGCAGAUGUGCAAAUAUAUUGGACCAGGCUUUCGAGGCUGCAAUGCUGGUGACUGCUGUCGAUUCGCACACACCAGGGAUGAAAUGCUCACUGGAGUGCGUAAUCAAGCUAGUAACCUUCUAGGGGACGCCGGGAUGGUCGGUGGGCCCAGCUCACGUGCAAGUGGGAUGGCGUUUGGCCCAUCGACAUCCCAGCUCACGCCGCAUGAUGCGCAUCCAGAUCUAAUCACCAAGGAUCGAGUCCGAGAGGCAGCCAGAGCUCUAGGUCUCGUGUCCCACGAUGGUGUUGGUGCCACCUAUAAUGAGCACGGCGAGAUCGUCUGGCAACUUACAACCGAUCAGCUGCUCAACUUGAUCAAGAUCGCCUCUGGUGGUCGGUUGCCGGUCGACACAUCAGAUUGAGCUGAGGUUAGGGUUAUUCGUAAUUUAAUCAUAAUCGUUAGUAUCAUCGUAGAACCAAUCGUAUUCAGUCAGUCGGCGCACUUUGGGCGGUGUUGCCAUUGACUCCCAAACGCUUGUACUAUGUUUCUCCCGAGGGCAGCAACAACAUGCCAUGCGAUAUGCCAUGGUAGAGCCACUGCAUUAUGCUCUUCUCGUGGUCUCGUAUCGAGCGUUAUCUCCAUCGUUGAAAACACUGUAUGGGCACUGUUCUCGUGAUUGCGACUGGUGUCGAUCGUCUGUACUAUUCUGUCGCUGUCGUAACUCCUCGAAUCUCCAUCAUCAUCAUCAUCAUCCAGCAUCGAACCAUCAUCGUUUAUUCGUCCGUUCGCAACCUUGAUGUUGCUGUCGGAUCUCAUAUGUUUGAUCUCACGAGCAUCAGCUCAGACGUGAGCUGAGUCAGUGUUUGUGAAUCUCGUAGUGUCUACUUUUCUCAUCCUGCGAACACUACUACCCUACUGCUGCUAUCAUUGAUAACACUUGGUUGCUUUUUGUUGACUCGUUCUGAAAGUGUCUGAAGUUUGAAGUCGGCAACUA